AUGGCGGACCUUGUGUCCACUCGCCUCUGCCUGCCCUGGACACCAGCUACACCUCAUCUAGUCGUCAUAGCGGGCGACAGCCCUGGAUUCCUGGUGGGCAGAGCCUGGCGCUUGGUGGGAAGCACCACUCGCUCCUCACCCCAGGAGGCCGAGCAGCCGCUGGAGCUGGAGAUGCUACGCCCGGAAGACCAGGCCAGCAUGGCGGUCCCUGGGACUGUGCUGACCCUCAGCUGUCUCAUCCUGACCUGCUACCCUGGAGCCACACCCACAGCAGUGGCCGCCGAGUGUCCUGACCAGAGCCCUGAGCUGCAGCCCUGGAGCCCCGGCCACGACCAGGACCUUGGUGUGCACAUCGGGCGGGGGGAGGCGCUGCUGCUCACCUCCUCCGCCACGGUCCACUCCAUCAGCAUCGUGGACGGAGGCAAGCUGGUCAUUAAGGACUACCAGGAGCCCAUUGUUUUACGAACCCGGCACAUACUGAUUGACAGCGGAGGAGAACUGCAUGCUGGGAGUGCCCUCUGCCCUUUCCAGGGCAACUUCAGCAUUGUGUUGUACGGAAGGGCUGACGACCCAGGGGCCCAGCCAGACCCAUACUACGGCCUGAAGUACAUUGGCGUUGGGAGAGGAGGCACCCUCGAGCUGCAUGGGCAGAAAAAGCUCUCCUGGACUUUCCUCAGCAAGACCCUUCGUCCGGGGGGCAUGGAGGAGGGAGGAUAUUUUUUCGAAAGGAGCUGGGGCCACCGUGGCGUCAUUGUUCACGUCAUUGAUGCGAAGUCAGGCUCAGUCAUCCACUGUGACCGGUUUGACACGUACAGGUCCAGGAAGGAGAGUGAGCGUCUGGCCCAGUAUCUGAGCGCAGUGCCUGAGGGCAGGAUCCUCUCGGUCGCAGUGAACGAUGAGGGCUCUCGACAGCUGGAUGACCUGGCCCGGAAGGCAGUGACCAGACUGGGCAGCAAACACUUCCUACACCUUGGGUUUAGACACCCGUGGAGCUUCAUCACCGUGAAAGGAAACCCCUCUUCCUCGGUUGAAGACCACAUUGAGUAUCACGGACAUGGAGGCUCUGCUGCCGCCCGAGUUUACAAACUGUUCCAGACGGAGCACGGUGAAUACUUCAAUGUUUCCUCAUCCAGUGAGUGGGUCCAAGAUGUGGAGUGGACAGAAUGGUUCGACCAGGACAAAGUGUCUCAGACUAAAGGUGGGGAGAAGAUUUCAGACCUCUGGGCAGCUCACGCAGGAAGAAUCUGCAGCCAUCCCAUCGAUGUUCAGGCCACAACCCCGGAUGGCGUUGACCUCAGCACCGACAUUGUCUAUAAGAAGGGCCAGGGCUAUAGGUUUGCCUGCCACGACCUUGGCCACGCCUGCCAGCGCUACCGCGUGCGCUUCCUCUGCGGGAAGUCUGUGAGGCCCAAACUCACGGUCAGCAUCGACACCAACGUGAACAGCACCGUCCUGAGUCUUGAGGACGACGUGCAGACGUGGAGGCCGGGAGACACGCUGGUGGUGGCCAGCACCGACUACUCCAUGCACCAGGCCGAGGAGUUCCGGGUGCUUCCCUGCAGAGCCUGUGCUGCCAACCAAGUCAGAGUGGCGGGGAAGCCUCUGUACCUGCACAUCGGGGAGGAGAUAGAUGGCGUAGACAUGCGGGCCGAGGUCGGGCUCCUCAGCCGGAACAUCGUGGUGAUGGGGGAGGUAGAGGACAAGUGCUACCCCUACAACAGCCAUGUCUGCAGCUUCUUCGACUUCGAUACCUUCGGGGGUCACAUCAAGUUUGCCCUGGGCUUUAAGGCUGCACAUCUUGAGGGUGUGGAGCUCAAGCACAUGGGGCAGCAGCUGGUGGGCCAGUACCCAAUUCACUUCCACCUGGCUGGAGACGUGGACGAGAAAGGAGGCUACCACCCACCCACGUACAUCAAGGACCUCUCCAUCCACCACACAUUCUCCCGCUGCGUCACCGUCCACGGCUCUAAUGGCCUGUUGAUCAAGGAUGUUGUGGGGUACAACUCCCUGGGGCACUGCUUCUUCACGGAGGACGGACCAGAGGAGCGCAACACCUUCGACCACUGCCUGGGCCUCCUCGUGAAGUCCGGAACGCUCCUCCCCUCCGACCGGGACAGCAGGAUGUGCAGGGCGAUCACAGACGACUCCUACCCGGGGUAUGUCCCCAAGCCCCGGCAGGACUGCAACGCUGUGUCCACCUUCUGGAUGGCCAACCCCAACAACAACCUCAUCAACUGCGCAGCGGCAGGGUCCGAGGAAACGGGAUUUUGGUUCAUUUUCCACCACGUUCCCACGGGCCCCUCCCAGGGGAUGUACUCCCCCGGCUACUCAGAACACAUUCCCCUGGGCACGUUCUACAACAACCGAGCACAUUCCAACUACCGGGCUGGCAUGAUCAUAGACAACGGAGUCAAAACCACAGAGGCCUCGGCCAAGGACAAGCGGCCUUUCCUCUCCAUCAUUUCUGCUCGGUACAGCCCUCAUCAGGACGCGGACCCCCUGAAGCCCCGGGUGCCAGCCAUCAUCAAGCACUUCACUGCCUACAAGAACCAGGACCACGGGGCCUGGCUGCGUGGCGGGGACGUGUGGCUGGACAGCUGCAGGUUUGCUGACAACGGAAUCGGUCUGACCCUGGCCAGCGGUGGGACCUUUCCCUACGAUGACGGCUCCAAGCAGGAGAUAAAGAACAGCCUGUUUGUUGGUGAGAGCGGCAAUGUGGGCACAGAGAUGAGGGACAACAGGAUCUGGGGCCCAGGCGGCGUGGACCACAGUGGAAGGACCCUUCCUAUCGGCCAGGACUUUCCUAUUAGAGGGAUUCAGUUCUAUGACGGCCCUGUCAACGUUCAGAACUGUACCUUCCGGAAGUUCGCGGCCCUGGAGGGCCGUCACACCAGCGCCCUGGCCUUCCGUCUGAACAACGCUUGGCAGAGCUGCCCGCACAACAAUGUGACCCAUGUUGUCUUUGAGGACGUCCCGAUUACUUCCAGAGUGUUCUUUGGCGAGCCCGGACCGUGGUUCAACCAGCUGGACAUGGAUGGGGACAAGACCUCGGUGUUCCAUGACGUGGACGGCUCCGUGUCUGAGUACCCCGGCUCCUACCUCACCAAGGAGGACAACUGGCUGGUGCGGCACCCAGACUGCAUCGACGUCCCCGACUGGAGGGGGGCCGUCUGCAGCGGGCGCUACGCACAGCUCAGAGCCCAGAACGAGAGGGAGAGGUUUGCCUUCUGCUCCGUGAAAGGCUGCGAGAGAAUAAAGAUCAAAGCCCUGCUUCCGAGGAACGCGGGCGUCAGCGACUGCACGGCCGCCGCCUACCCCAGGUUCGCCGAGCGGGCCCUGGUGGACGUGCCCAUGCCCAGGAAGCUCUCUGGGACGCAGCUGAAGACAAAAGACCGUUUCCUGGAGGUGAAGAUGGAGAGCUCCAGGCAGCACUUCCAUCUUCGCAGCGACUUCGCUUACGUGGAGGUGGACGGGAGGACGUUCCCCAGCCUGGAGGACGGCGUCCAGGUGGUGGUGGUGGAUGGGCGCCGGGGACACGUGGUGAGCCACACCAGCUUCAGGGCCUCCGUUCUGCAGGGAGUCCCACGGCAGCUCUUCACCUACGUGUCGGCUAUCCCUGACAAUUCCAUAGUUCUCAUGGUGUCAAAAGGAAGGUACACCACCAGAGGCCCGUGGACCAGAGUGCUGGAAAAGCUAGGGGCAGACAAAGGGCUCCGACUGAAAGAGAAAAUGGCUUUGGUUGGCUUCAAGGGCAGCUUCCGGCCCACCUGGGUGACUCUGGAGACCGAGGACCACAAGGCCAAAAUCUUCCAAGUGGUGCCCAUCCCCGUGCUGAGGAAGAAGCGGCUCUGAGGACCGCGGCCACCUGGUGGUGGACUCUGACAUGGACUCGUGGCCUCAGCCGGCCAGGGCAGGACGGAGGGCUUCCCCAACCUGUCCAGCAUGGCCCAGCCGCCUGCUGCCCGGAAGGCCAAGUCGCAGCCCAGAUGGGCCUCUGGCGGGCUAUCCGAAACCCUUGGUGCUGCCUCCCCCGUCACGUCUACCUGUAGCCCUGGGCAGUGCUGGCUGGUGCUCUUUCCUACAGCCUCCCGGGGGCUUCUCUAUCUGUGCCUCUUGCGCAGGGGGUGUAGGACCAUCCAAGGAGGAGACAGGAGUGUGCCAGCAACCGUGGUCUAUUUGGGCAAGCUAGGAAGUUCCUGAGGGCUGGGUCAUCCCAGAGCCCCACGCUCGCCAGCAGACGGCUUGGGGGAGCAGAGAGAGGAACAGGGCCCCGGGCCUUGAGGUGGCUUUGUUCCGGUGAGCCGAUGUGCAGACGGGGCUGGUCAGGAGGGAGCCAGCUCCCCAGGGGAGGAGGCUGGCUUGGGCAGGCUUCAUCCAGCCCACUGGGACUUGGACUGGGUGGUCCUCAAAAGAGGUCCUGGAAUCACUGGCUUUUCACACAUACCCGGAGUGGCCCAGUCUCCGUGACGGGUGGGUUGUGGGGCACACAGGACGAGGCGGUGAGGACUGAAUGGCCAGUGUGGGCAGGGCGGGUCAGCGGCCAGGCCUCUGCGCUUUGAUGCUGGGCAGGGAGCCUGAGAGGCAGAUGGGAUGGUGCCAUUCGGUGGAGCAAAGAUGACAUGUGCCUGUGGCCCUGCAGUGCUCGCAGGGGGGAGGGAGGGAGGGAGGAGGCCACCUGGGUGGAGAGAUAAGGUAGUGGCCAGAGCUGGGUGCUCGCUGGAGGCCUUUGCUCUGCCAGCUGGCCCACUCACAACAGGGCCACGGAGGAGG